AUGGCGCUUGCUACUGCAGGCAUGUGCCGUUCUGGGGGCCCCCAACGAAGUUUGUUCAAUUUGUUAGCCAAUAGUAACGGUGACGAAACAAUCACGAAGUAUCGGCGACGCUUUCCGAAGCUCGACUAAAUUUUGGUAGUGAAAGUAUUAGGCAGAAAGUUUGCAGUUUUAAGCUCUACAUAGACAGAUUUAGUUUAGUGGUCAUAGUUUUUCACUGGACCAGUUAAAAGCUCAUCAAGAUCAGAUAUAGCUUAUAUUUGGCUGAUAAAAUUUUGUGAACGAAGAUUAACCGAACAUGUCGUAUUUCCUUGGUCAGCGGCCUUUCUCGCACAAAACCGCGGGAAUUCAAGAUGGCGGUCGAGUGAGCUGCUUGUAGAGUUUCGUUUUUUCUGCAAGUGUUGUUUGAGGCAAAUAAAUUUAUUUAUCCUUCUUUUCUUUAUUAACAGGCUAGAAGACGAUGAAGCUGAAAAUACAAUGUCAAUACUUGUCGGUGAGUGUUUUUUUCUUUUGGAAGGCAGGCUUGCGUUGUAUGCGCGCGGCUUCGCAGCUGCGCGUUUAAAGGCUUUAUACAUAAUUUUAUGCAGGUUGAGAGUCUGGCCUGGCAGGCACAAAGCUGAUGUGAUCUGUCAACCCACACUCACAGGGGUGCAUGUAAAAGGAUUAGCUCUUGGGCUGAUCUUCCGUGGAUUUCAAAGGACCUUAAGAGGUCCCACACAAGGGCUGAGAUCAAGGAAUGCCUAUAUAUGACAAACGGAAAUACUUUCCAGAAAAAAUCUCAAGAUCGGGCCAAGAAGAGCCCAGGAUUAAUAAAACCCUUAACUUUGAUCUUAAAGAAAAACCAAAAAGAUUCUGGUCUUAUAUUAAAAAUAAAAGGCAGGUUUAAAUUUGAUUUCCGCCUUUAUGGAUCAGUCAAUUCCAGCUGCGCCGAGCCCGCCCCUCCAACCCCCCGGCCUACUGUAGGGUAUUUGCCCGCCUUGUAAGUCCCGGGGGUGGGGCACACUAAGGUUUCAUGGUAUCAAGGACAAAGCAUUGGAAUGGAUAAAGUCUUGGUUGACCAACAGAACACAAACUAUCAUCAGUAGUGGACAGAUCAAUCUCCAAGGCAGUAGCUGUGAUGUCUGGAGUACCCCAAGGAACCAUACUUGGUCCUCUAAUGUUCCUUUAAUAACACACAGGAGGAUCUGGAAUGCACACUUAGGUUAUUUGCAGACGAUGAUCUACUAUGUAUAUCACAGAAUCACUUGUGAGACUGACACCAUGGCUUUGCAGUGUGAUCUUGACAAACUCGGAUGAUGGGCACAAAGUUGGCAAGUUUGGGGAGCAAGGGUGGCGCAGUGGUGAGAGCGCUCGCCUCCCACCAAUGUGGCCUGGGUUCGAAUCCUGGCGUCGACGCCAUAUGUGGGUUGAGUUUGUUGUUGGUUCUCUCCCUUGCUCCGAGAGGUUUUUCUCCGGGUACUCUGGUUUUCCCCUCUCCUUAAAAACCAACACUUUCAAAUUGCAAUUCGAUCUGGAAUGCACGGACACGUUUCAACGAGUUCUUAUAAACUCCUUAGUGAUCCGUGGGUAAACAAAUUACAACAAAUUACAACAAAUGGUUUUUUAAUCCCUCUAAGUGUUACAAAAUGUCAGUUUACUGCUCUAGAUCACCAGUCCUAAAAUGCUACAAGCCAUUUAACCAGGUUCUUUCAUUUGUUCAGCAACAUCCCUACCUUGGAAUCCUGUGAUCUAAUGAUUUGCAGUGGAAUUUGCAUAAUCACAAGAUUGUGAAAAAAGCUAAUUCAACCCCUUGUUUUGUCAAACACAAUCUGCUAUGUCACACUCGUCAGAUCUCAUUUAGAAUUUGCCUCUGCUGCAUGGGAUCCCUACGGGCAAGAUCAAAUAGACAAGAUUGAAGCAGUCCAGAGACGAGCAGUACGAUUCAUCGAAAACAUUACCACUGGAAUUCGAGUGUAUCGUAAACGCUGCAUUCGCUGUCCUUAGAACCACUGAAGGGGAGAAGGAAAAUCCAUUGUCUUUGUGCAUUCUACCAAGCUUACAACAACAUAAUCACCUUACCAGUUCCUCAUUACCACCAGCAAUCGAUGCGUGCAACAAGAAGCCAGUUGACGUAUAUCAGACCCUGCACUUGUGAUGACUAUUGCCUCUAUAGCUUCUUUCCACGGACUAUAAAAGAUUGGAACAUAAUCCCCCUGCUAUUAGGGUAGAAAAUUAUUUUAAUUUUUGUUACUACCUUAGCUAUAAUUCUUAAGUUGAUGUUACAUUGCUUUUUUUAAAAUUUUUAUUUAUCUCUUUUCGAUGCGAAAGCAUUAAGGAGUAUACCACAUUACCAGUAGAUGUAGAAGUCAAGUUCACUUUAAUUUUUUCUUUUUCAUUGUGUUUACAUUUUAGCUACAGAUUGUCAUCUUGGGUACAUGGAAAAAGAUCAAGUUCGAGGGAAUGACUCACUCGUAACAUUCGAGGAAAUACUGCAAAUAGCAAAGGACAAAGAUGUAAGUUCUCUUUUGCAAAAACGUUUAUUCUUUUCCCAUGUAAAAAUUGACUGAUAUUCUGACUGCGUUGAGGUUGAUUGCCCUGAUUGAGCUUUAUAUAUCAACCUUCUCUUUUCCCUGUCAUGAUCACAUGGUGGAAUAGUGAUUGGAAAGUUUUUGUAGCCAUUUGCUUCCAGAGCCACUCCCUGAAGUAUUUUAGGGAGUGUGCUGCUGGUUCUCUUGUUCUACUAAGGCUCAUUCUUCUGCCAUGGGCAUCUUGAUAGUGUGAAAAUGUGGUUAUAUUGAGACAUCCAUGACUUGAGAAUGAGCCUAGACUUAUUUCAGACUAGAAAACUUUUUUAGAUUUAUCAUGGGAUGACCCUUAGGCUCUUUAAGAAAAUCAAAUGCAUCCUGUGCUCUCUACCUUUGAAGUACAGGGUGCCCAGCAUAUUGUUUUCGUGAAAUACUAAGAUGCUCUAGUUGUCUAAAAGCAAAAGUAAAGCCAGGGCCAGGUGCAGAUAGAGGACAGCUCUUAUUUUCCACCCCAAUUUGAAUUAUAAGGAGAAUGGUCAUGAAUAGAGGCUCAGACUAUUUCUGGGAUAAUUUUAGGUGCCCGAUAUAACGAUAGAUCGUAUCUGAAGGUCACUUCACACAAUUAUGUAACGUGAGAUUUUGUAAAUUAAGAUGCCCUUUUUUGUCAGUUUAGCAAGGUUUGGACUCACGGUGUUGUCAAGAACAAGUUAGUUCUAUUAAAGGGGCUUUAAGAGACAUCUGUGGAUUUGUUCUCAAUCAAAACCGACAAAUGUCAGUCAUGGCAAUCAUUACCAAUUAUUACCAAUCAUUAUGUGCAUAUUACCCAAAAUUUGUUAAAGAAUAGAAUAAAAACAGAAAACUUGUAGUAAACGAUACAGUAGAUUGUUUUUGAUUUAAGAUUAAUCUCAAUUUUUUACAGAUUUUUAAAUAUGUAGAAUUAAUAUCUCAGGCUGUGAAAUUUUGGUCCUGGGGCAAGUGACAUAUUUUGAGGCAUUGUUCUCCUUUAUAUACCCAGCAUGCAUGUCAGAGUUCAACAUCAUUUGGGAAUGAUUAAAAAGUUAAUCCAUGCUGUUUCAACAUUCAACACUCUUUUUGCAUGUUACAUCUUGUCCAAUUUGUUAAAUGUUGGUGAACUUUUCUGAAGUUAUAUUCUAAAGGACUGUAUCGUGGUUUAAAAAAGAAUUAGAAAGUCGUUGUCUCGUGCUUACUUCCUCCACCAGGGUGAAAAGAAAGGGAGUUUUACAGCUUGCCAUUUGGGCAAACUGAAGCUCGCAUGUAAUAGCCCAAAAGUCAUUUCAACUACCUGUAGCAUGAUGAGCAGGUUUGAUUACAGUUCUUUGUGAUUUGAUUUCCCCAAAAAACUUCAAUUGCCCAUCAGGCAACUUGAAAACAGAGCACACUAACCCAAUAGCAAAAUCCACUAGACCUAGGCUAUGAGACACUACUUUCUUUGCACACUGUCCACAAAACGUGAAAUAAGGAAGUUUCACGUCAUUGUUAUGCAAUGACGGCAAGGAAAUAAAUGUACAAAAGAAGCGUGAUGCAUGUGUAAAACCGUUGUUUUGCCAAUCCAAACCUGUUUCUUUCCGGUUCUUGUUGCUGUCAUUGUUGCUUCGUAGACUAGUUGACCCACCAGCUUCCCGUCUAAAUGAUCUCACUUGGAAAGCCUGUCUAUUGUCAAUUCUGACAAAUGAGAAUGUAAUAAUUUUAUUUAGUUUAUUUAAGAGAGGUAUGGAAGAGGAGUUAUUAAAGGCAGAGGCCACAACAAAGCGGGGCGGAGUUAAGAACAAUGCCUCAAAAUAUGUAGUUGUUUCAGUCAACCCUAUCCACAUGGUCUUCUGACCAAAAGCUGCUCAAAGAGGCAAAUUUUGUACUUUUUAACCAAGCAUGGAGGCCACUAGUUUUAUCCAAUGCACAGAAAUUACACCUCGUUUCAAAGCUGAAAGCACAUAGAAGUUGUCAAAAUUUUGUCAAGUUUGGGGUGAUAUGCACUUUAAGUAAACAUAACUAAAUAACUAAUGCUUGUCCACCAAAUGAUCUCAAAACUCCUUGCACCAAAAUAAUGCGGUGCUCUAGCGGCGCCUGGUGGCCCCUGGUACCCAGUUUGUAUCCUUGGGCAACUAGGAAAUCUUAGCUUUUUUCUUAAAAUCCAAUGCAGGGGCCCGUUUCUCGAAAGUCCCGGUAACUUUACGGGCCCGAAAUCAAAUAUUCAAAUCGAAAUAUAAAGAAUAAGAGUUCCUGGCUACCUUCCAUUUUGUUUCAUUAACUACAGUUUUAAGAUGCAAAACUAUUGAAAUUUCGAUCUUUUUUCUUAAAAGACCGCGUGUCAAUUAUCGCUGGACACCCAAGAUUUCACAGGCUCAGAGCAUUGACCUCCCUUCAAUUUUCCUUACGGCAAAGCUUUGACCAAAAGCUUGUAUGCAUGAAGUUAUGUUGGAGGGCUAAUCAAAGCAAUAAGAAAUAAUAAUAUUCAUUUUGUUAUUUUGGCUUUUCUUUUUCAACAGGUUGAUUUUAUUCUUCUUGGAGGGGAUCUUUUUCAUGAAAACAAACCGUCACGAAAAACCUUACACAACACAUUGGCUUUAUUGAGGAAAUACUGCAUGGGUGACAAACCUUGCCAGUUAGAAUUUCUUAGUGACCAGUCCUUGAACUUCUCCAAUUCUCGGUUAGUAUGAUUUGUCAACAAAGUUGGAACAAGGCUUUGUUCUAAGAAAAUAACAUCAAAGGGAGCUCACUGCUCUGAACCUGUUAAAUCCAGGGUGCCUAGCAUAUGAAAAAACUGAGGUUUUCUAGCCACCCAAGACCAAAAUUAGGACACCAGGCAGGGAUCACAGGAAACUACUAGAGCACCGGCCUGUGGAAUUGUCCUUUUUUGCAUUUGAAUAGGCCAGUUUCAAAUUAUUAAAAUUCAUACUUGGCUCCAAGGCUAAGGGGAAUAAAGCAACAGAAUUGCGAUGCAAUUUUGUUUGUUCAAAUUAUUAAAAUUCAUACUUGGCUCCAAGGCUAAGGGGAAUAAAGCAACAGAAUUGUGAUGCAAUUUUGUUUGUUCAAAUUAUUAAAAUUCAUACUUGGCUCCAAGGCUAAGGGGAAUAAAACAACAGAAUUGUGAUGCAAUUUUGUUUGUUCAAAUUAUUAAAAUUCAUACUUGGCUCCAAGGCUAAGGGGAAUAAAACAACAGAAUUGUGAUGCAAUUUUGUUUGUUCAAAUUAUUAAAAUUCAUACUUGGCUCCAAGGCUAAGGGGAAUAAAACAACAGAAUUGCGAUGCAAUUUUGUUUGUUCAAAUUAUUAAAAUUCAUACUUGGCUCCAAGGCUAAGGGGAAUAAAGCAACAGAAUUGUGAUGCAAUUUUGUUUGUUCAAAUUAUUAAAAUUCAUACUUGGCUCCAAGGCUAAGGGGAAUAAAACAACAGAAUUGUGAUGCAAUUUUGUUUGUUCAAAUUAUUAAAAUUCAUACUUGGCUCCAAGGCUAAGGGGAAUAAAACAACAGAAUUGUGAUGCAAUUUUGUUUGUUCAAAUUAUUAAAAUUCAUACUUGGCUCCAAGGCUAAGGGGAAUAAAACAACAGAAUUGUGAUGCAAUUUUGUUUGUUCAAAUUAUUAAAAUUCAUACUUGGCUCCAAGGCUAAGGGGAAUAAAACAACAGAAUUGUGAUGCAAUUUUGUUUGUUUUAUUCUUCUCACCCUUGGCACCAAGUAUGAAUUUUAAUAAUUCAAAACUCCCCAUUUGCAAUUCCUGUUUUGACUUUGUAAUUAAAAUAUUAUUAAUAUUAGUAUCUGUUUUCUUUUAUCAGUUUUCCUGUGGUAAAUUAUGAGGAUCCUAACCUUAACAUAUCCAUUCCAGUCUUCUCAAUUCAUGGAAAUCACGAUGAUCCAGCUGGGGUGAGAAUUAGUAGUAUACUCUAAAAGAUUCUUAAAUGUUCUUGAAGAUAAACAUCUACUAAACCAUCCUCUGAUUGAGGAUAAAAAAGGAUAAAGUACCUUUUUUGAAGUAAUUAGCUAUAGGGUUACUGUUAGAGUAAUAGUAAGUUAACCCCAAAAGCGACUAAUACCAAUUUUCUAAUCUCCUAACAGUAUCAAUACAUAAUCAAAAGAAUAGGUUUGGAGAAUUAAUAAUGUGAUCAUGUAAGGGAAACUUGAUCUUUUAUCAAAUUCUUUCAGCACAUUCUGUAAGGAAAUGUAUGGAGAUCAGUCUGGAGAAUCUGUAUAUGGAUAUUGAGUCUCAAAGGGUUAAUAGCUGAGGCCCAGGAUCCUUGUGAUAAGUAGUCUGAGCAUAAUGUUUUGGGCCCAAGUAUAGUCUUGCACAGGAGUUGUUAUAUCAGUGAUAAUACAUACCUGUAUGUCACUGAAGCUAGCAUUUAACAUUAUGUGCUAAAAAUGUCUUGUUUAGGAUGGAAACCUUUGUGCACUGGACUUACUUAGUGUCUGUGGGUUUGUCAACUACUUUGGUAGAGCGGCAUCUAUUGAUGACAUCACAGUGUCACCCAUCUUGAUUCAGAAAGAACGAGUAAAGCUGGCCCUUUAUGGUUUAGGAUCUAUCAGAGAUGAGCGUCUUCACCGAACCUUUCUGAAUGGGAAUGUGAAAAUGCUCAGGCCCAAGGAAAAUCCCGAUUCCUGGUGCAAUGUAUUUGUGCUUCAUCAAAAUAGGUAAACACGAAUUUUAAAAACAGUCAAACCUGCAUUAAGCGUCUCCUUCUAUUAAGCUGUCACUUUCUUAAGUUCAGAAACUUGUGUCCCUUAAUUAUACAGGACAGCUUUAUUUCAAAGGUCUAAAUAAAGUGUUUUUUUUUUUACUGGACAAAUAUUUAAGUAGGUUUCUUUUUAGUCUCCCACAGGGUCAGGAUUCAAACUUCCAGCAGCACCAAAUUGUUUCAAUGCUUUUUUUCUUGAUCUCCCCUGUUAUUAGUUUCACUUAAAAGUCCAUUGCUUUUUAAUAACUUAAUAUAUUUCCAUUUUGUAAUCAUCAGGGUAAAGCAUAGUGCAACAAACUACAUUCCAGAGAAGUUCCUCAGCAACUUCCUUAACCUUGUGAUUUGGGGACAUGAGCACGAGUGUAUUAUAGAUCCCAAAAAUUCAGAUGACCCAGACCUAGAUUUUUACAUCAGUCAACCUGGCUCCAGUGUGGCAACUUCACUCUGUGAAGGAGAAGCAAAAACUAAGUAAGUGUUGGAUAGCAGGUUACGUUUAAAAUGGUAACAGCCAUACAAGCAUUGGAACUGGUAUAUUUGGAACAAUAAAAAUAUUAUUUACUUACUUAUGGGACAUCCAACGGGGCAUUUUGUUAGGCAUUAAUAAUGUCAGGGGCACCCAAUGAGAAUAUAGUUCAAAACCACUUAAUAAACAUAACAUUGUUAAAUGUAUUUUAGUAUUUAAACGUUAGAUAUAGGCAUAUUUUCAUCCCCUAAAAAUUUUUCAUCUGUUUAGAUUUCCUAGCUGAGAGUCUAGUGAUCCGAAAAUUAUAGGGAUCAAAACUUACCUUUUCAAAAAUUUCAGCCAGAAAAAGGCUCCCGAAAGUUGUAGGUGACCUUUUUUAAGGUAAAAAUCCAUCAAAAAUGGGCAAUUAUACCAUUUUUUAAAAUGUUCGGAAAAUUCUAGAUCUCAAAUCGUCUUCCGAACAGAUAUUUUCUGAAAAUAUUGACAUUGGGUGCCCCCGUUUUGUCAGGCUGUGAGUUCCAAACAUGGGGGAUUUGCCAUUGAUGCUCUGCUUGGGUGUUUGUCAUUGUUGAUGUGAUGCUUCAACAACUAGAUUUCCAUACAGGAUGUAUGAGAUUGAUAAUGAUUUGAUGAACAGUUAUGGACAAGCAUGCUACAUGUGAUCAAACGUACUCCGUGUUGAUUCACGGGUGGUAUACAUCCCACCGUUCCUAGUGAACAUCUGGUAUUAAUAACUUCCAGUUUAUAUGAACAUUUCAGGUGAUGUCACAGUUUUUGUACUCUUUUAAAGCAAAAUAGAUGGUUGGCAAGUUUCACUUCUCUUGAAUAUUGUUAAUAAUAUUAAUACGCUACAUGACUUGCAGUUUUAUGCAAAUAAUUUGAAAUUAUUUUUUCAAGCAUAGUGUUGAUAUUUGAAAUUCUUAUAAUGUUUCAAUGAUGUGCACUAAUGUCUUGCAUUGCAUAGAGAAUAAAAUCACAAUAAUAAAAACGGAAAUGAAAAUUAUACAUAAUCAGCGUCUUUGGAAAGCAUAUUGUUGUGUUGUUGUAGUUAAGGUAAACAUACAAGCCAAAAAUUGCAGCUGCGCCUCCUAGCUGGGUAUUUGGGCUUAAUUUUCAGUUUGUUAACUUAGAAAAAUCGCGUUGAAAAGUUUGGGGUGCGUCUUAUAACCAAAAGCGCCUUAUAACCGAAAUAAUACCGUAUUUUAUUAAAGUAUGGCUAGAAAAUGAAAAAAAAACAGACAGACGGCAAUGUUGACAUACUACUAAGGGGGCUGGGGAUGGGUUGGCAGAAACAUGAACAUUGUUUCCUUUUCCCUCCCUACCCUUGUUGCAUUGUCAUCAGUAUGGCUUGCAAAGGAUUGUGGUUGUUGUGGACAUGUAUAGCAGUACAGCGUGACAUCAGGUCAUGUGGAACUUGGAACGCUUUGUGAAUAAUGUGUUUUCCACCAUUCUUGUUGUUAAAUAGAGUUUUACUGUGCGAAUUGACAUUAAAUAAAUUUGGAACCAAAAGAUCCUUUCACUUCUUGACGAGACUAACGAAAAUGCCCUGUUAACCCUUUAAACCCCAGUAUCCACAUACAAAUUCUCCAAAGUUAUCUCUUUACAUUUCCUUAAAGAAUGAGUUGAGAGAAUUUGAUAAUAGAUCAAGGCAUUUUCUCUUGUGUCAUCAUUUUAUUAAUUCUCAAAACUUAUCUCUUGACAGUGUAUGGAUAUUGUUUUGAGAAAUUUGAUCUUGGUCACUAUUGGGACUUAAAGGGUUACGUGUCGUCUUCUCUCACAGUGAUAAAAAAAAAAUGGGAUUUGAGGUUUUUUCUGCCUUGCACCGCCUAGCAAUUAAAGAGAACUGGGAUAGUUUGUUGUUUUCCUAGCCUUUGUGGAGAGAUAAGGAUUGAAUUCCAAAGACUUUGAUUUAAGAGGAAGUUGGGCAAUAAUGUAGCUAGCUUGUGUGUUUUCUUUUUUGAAAUUGACAAGACCCUGUAAAAAACAAUGUGCUACUCGUUUCAUGCAAUGUUUUUUGAAAUCUGGAAUUUCUUUGCAAAAGAGGUUGCACAUUUUGGGAAUAAAAGCCUUGAACUGAGUGUACAUUUCAGAUGUUUCCCUGUAGUUAUAACUUUUCGACUCUAGAAAAUCCGCGAGAAUAUAAAUAGAAGGAAGGAGGAUUCGCAUGAUGUUGAUCCGUUAUCCGCAGCCGCGAUCCUAGGAUCCUAUCCAUUCCCGUCUUUACAAAGUGAUGAGGAGAUCUGGACACAAGUUUUCGUUUGUGAGGUUCUCACUGGGAAGAAACUCGUUCGGUUUCCUUUCUUUAGCUGAGGAGAUCAGAAGGCGACGCAGGCGAGUUCAAAGGAUGUUAAUGACUUCUUCAACUAAAUUUUGAGACAAAGGACAACUCCGGAGACUCUACGCUGAGUAUAAACACUCGAAAAGUGACGCUGCGAUACAAAUUAAACGCGAUCUCCGUGGGAAAACUGCGCAAUAUCACAAUGGAAAACGAUUUAGCAGACAGAUUCAUUUCGGAACGCAUCAUACGCAAACUUAAGGAUACUUUACAAGCACAGAGCUCACUUCCUCAGAAUGAUCUUUCCUUACAGUUGUCGUGCAUGCAAGCAUCGGCAUCAACUCUUCUAGAAGUAAAGAACAUCUUGGAUGGUCUAAGCAAAGCGUCGGUCAAAAGCGUAGCUGACACUCUGGCUAAUUCUGAUGUUCAUUUUGUUUUACAGCGGUUUUUAUUCAGUGCGUAUUACUUUUUGCCCUCAGACGGUGGAAUGGUGGCCAGUUUCACGAAAGAGGAAGUAAAUCGUCUUUCUGGAAAGCUCAUAUUUUGCCCUCUUUAUGUCGCUCUAGUGGAAGUUCUUACACAUCUAGUCGCAAGUCCAACAUUUGCAAGCAGUCUGUCUUCAACCAAAAUACUUCAGCUUCUUUUACAGGAUCUGAAUGUGUUGGUAUUGCCAAGUUCGGAGCCAGACCAUUUUAAAAUGCUUCUGGCCAAUAUUCAGUUUUUAUGGCAGGUGUCAAAAAGCCCAGCCACUUCUGUUCUGUUUUGCAACGUGAGUGAUACCCUGUUAAUUCUUAUUAAUGUGUUUGUUAGUUAUCAAGGACCCUUUGAACAGCUGACUACACUAGUCAAAUCCUUGGUCAUGUUUAUUGCGGCCAGCGUUGCCGAUGAUGAAACAAGUGUGUACUUGCUUGCGGAAGAAAGCUGCUUGGAUUUCAUUGUUGACAUUCUCAGAAAGUCCGUAAGCACGGGAGAGACUUACCUUAAUUAUCAGGGUGUUUACGCUGUAGACAUUGCCAGCUGUAUUGAGAAAAUGAGCCGAUUUGCAGGUUUGCAAGAAGCACUUCUGGGGCAAGGUGUAGUGGAGCUCCUCGUGACUAUGAUUCAGAUAGGUGAUCCUUUUGAUGACAGUGCAGCAGCCAGUGCUAUGAAUGCACUCAUGCAGUUCUAUGGGGAAACAGAUGUUCCAGUUUUGUUGCAAGGACUAGCGUCAGAAAUAGAUUCAUCAUCAGAGAGAUUGGAACUCUUUAGUCAUAAUUUGAAGGAACAAGAUGUUGUCCCCAAAAAUGGAGAUAAAAAAGAAGUGAGAAGUGCAGAAGAGGAAGCACUGGUGUCGAAAGUGCAACAGCUAAGUCUGGAGACUGAGGGCUGCAAUGUGACUGAACAGUUACAAAGUGAGGUAAAUGUUGAGGGAAGGGAAAUCCUGGCAGAAAGUCAACAUAGAGGCAAUGGCAGUUUAACCAAUGAAAAUUUUGGAGAGGAUGUCAAAGGGUUUAAGUCAGAAGGACUUGAGCAAAAUAUGGAGGGUAUCAAAGAAAACACUGACAAAAAGACUGGUGUUUCUUUGUUUGAUGGAGAAACCACAUCUAAUGCUACAGAUAAUGAUGCCGAUAGAAAGGAGGAUGGGGCAACAGAAACAGAGAAGCCCAAGGGAUUAUCUCAGGAGAGCAUGGAAUGUGAUAUUGGUGAUGAUCAGCAGAAGGAAAAAUUUGCAGUUGAAAUGCUUGAAUUGAAUGGAAAAGUGGUGGAAUGUGAGGUUAAGAGUGCAGAAGAUGUCUUUAGUCUUCAAAAAGAUGGAGGGCAAAGAUGUGAUUCAGAUAGAGAACCAAAAACUAUGUCAACAGCAGGUUCUAAGGAAAUUGAGGAAAAGGAAAUGGAGAUAUUACCCACACAACCUUUACUUGAAGUAACAAGGCAAAGUGAAACCUUCAAGGCUGUUUCUCCAGAGCAAGAAGAUAUAUCCUCUUACCUGAAAGAGCAGAUCAAGAGCAUGGGAGAAGACGAAAUUAAGUACUUAACAAUUCCAACACCUUUCCAGCAGCCCGAUCUUAUCAAGCAACCAGAGCCUGAGAGCACACAACAGUCUUCCCAGAAGCCAUUCCACUAUCAGCAAGCUGGAACUGACCCUGUGUCAGGACAAGACUUGCAUGAUAUACAUUGGAGUCUGAUAGAGCUAGGUGUUCACAACAUGUAUGAUGCAAAAGUGGUCGGCCUGCUUAACGAACUCCUGGAAGAGUCAAAACUAAGAGAAGCUGGUGUGUUUGACAUACUCAAUCAUGUCCCUCGUGUCUACACUUUCAAAUUUCUAAGAACAGGAAGCAUGGAACGACAACUAAGAGUUGUUCCUGCAUACAACAAAGGUGGAAUCAAUGCUCCAUUUAUCCAUGCUCAACCUGAAAUAGAUUAUCAUUUGGUACUCAAAAAGUUUAUUUUUCAAAUGGUACCAGAUCAUGGCAGCAAAAUGCAUUUUCCAGGUUUUACUGUAAUUGGACCCUGGUUGGAGAAAAUCCCAGCAGAUCUUGAAGAGUGGAAUUUCUGCUUUGUGCCUUUAAAGUCUCAAUUUGUCGAAGGGAAGACGCAAUUGUAUCUAUCCGCUGAAAUAUUGAAAGCAAAUUUCUUUUAUCCCAUUUUGUUGUCAUUUGUACACAUGAACAUCAGGUACAGGAUUCUUGAGGCAAAAGGGGAGAAUUUAACAAAGGAAAAACUGAAACAAGAAAGUAUCACUCUUAGGAAAAUUGAAGAGAAUGGUCCAGCAGUUACAGUACACUACUUACACAAUUAUCUUACUGUUGACUAUGUGUUAUCACUGCGUCACAUCCAGUGGCCUUUGUGUGCAGCAGAAUGGGGAAGUCGGCAAAGGUAUUGGCCUAAUAGUGACACUGUCAACGAUGUCAUACGUUAUGGCUGCCAUUUGGUACCAAAACAACCACCUACUCUCAGCAAAGAAGACCCACUGUAUGGCCUGUUUUUCCAGUACUCAUUUGCAAGAGCUGAAAACAUCCUGCUAAACAAACUGAAUGAGGAUAACCCAGUGCUGACUGAUUGUCUGCGCAUGUUAAAGUUUCUCUGUGAGAUGCAUUUUGACAGGCCUCAGCUGCUGAAGUCAUAUCACAUGCAGACAAUCAUUCUGCUCGCAGCAGAGAGGCUUCCACUGUCACACUGGAAAGCUGACAAUUUUGUGAAACAUCUGCUGGAUUUAUUGGAUGACUUGCUGCAUUUUCUUGUGGCACAAUAUCUACCUAACUAUUUCAUUCCUGCGCAGAAUCUUUUCCAGCAAUUUUCUUCUGAUUUUCUUAUUGAUGUGGCAAAGAGGGUGUCCAAAGUUAGGAAAAACCCGAUCAAAUACCUAACCCCCUCUAGGGAUCCUGAGAGAUUUGGGAUCUUUCUGAUUUGAAUGACCUCAAUACAGAUGAAUACACGCAUCCUUGAAGUGCGCUAAAGGUCUGAUAGAAAGGGACCCAUGAAGACCUCUUGCAUUCAGCUUAGCACUAUGAUCACAUCAGGAAAACAACAUUAAUUAAUGAAAAAAACAUUUUGGUAGCAAGUAGACUGAGUUUUGAGGGAAAAUGUACAGAGCCACCUUACGAACAUCAGAAAUUUAAGAUGGAAUAAAUUUGGUAAAUUCUUUAAAAGUUGGAGCACAUUCUAAGGCACCUAAAGUAAGGGUGUUUUCAACAGGAUGUACUAUUGACUGUUGCCAUAGCAACCUGUAUUGUUACAAAAAGGACCAUGACUCUUUUGCAAAUUAUUGAGCAUUUGGUUGAUAGCAUUUAUAGUAUUGCAUCAAGUGUAAAUGAGUUAUUGUAGUAGUAUUGAUUCUGACCAUUAACUUUAAAGUUCUGUUGGCAUUUUUAAAAAUUUAAGGUGCCCUAAAUUGCUUUUACAUUGUAGAAAGGUGAAAUUUAGCCUUGAGUGCUUCAAGCACUGAAAAAAAUAGUAAAAGGUGUUACACCAGGUUGUAAAUUGCUAUAUGGUAAUUUGUAGUGUUACAAAAAAACUAUCUAACUUAAUCCUUUACACUGAUGGUGUCAAAGAAAUGUUCAUUUGUUGGUGAUUAAGAUUUAUUCUGGGAAAAAACGAAAUUUAAAGUGUUUUAGAAUUGAUCCAUUUAUGCAGAGUGUUAAAAAAUGCUGAAAACCUUUUUGAGCCACUGUAAACCUGUUGCUUAGCUGUUCCCAUUUCAAAGUGUACUGCAUUUAGUCAGUGCCACCCAUAUUGAGGGUAGUGCUUACCACUAUGCCUAGAACAGUAACCAUUGACAAAGACAGAAUAGAAUAUGAGAAAUCCCGGUAGUUUAUCAAUGCCUGAGUUAGUCAACGAUAGGUAGGGUUUAAUUUGCCUUGAUUUGCAGAGUCAACAUUUAUGCAACGAAACCUUUAUACUUGGACAUACAGAUAUUAUUGAGUCCUGUAAUGUAUCACUCUUUUGUUUUGUUCUGUAUCGUAAAAGCAAAAUGCACAACCAUGUGCUUCUAAUAAAUGAGAUGUUAGGAAAUAUAUUUUGCCCUGUGCUUUUAUGGAUGGAGUUGACAUGUAAUAGCCAUGAAAAAAGUGUUAAAAGUAGUUUAUUCCAACAUGGUGCAUUUUUUAACAAAGUGUUAGUACAGAGAAAGGUUGCUCAGUUAAAGGCAAAUUUCAGCUUUCAAAGAGCUUAGAAACUGAAUGAAAUUCCUCUCUAUAGAAACCCAACCAUACGCGGUGCUCACUCUUAAAAUUCGAAGUAGUUGCCUCGUCUUGAUUUUGUGGCCUUUUUUUUUUAAGAAACGUCAGCUCACUGAGAAGGCUGAAAACCUGGUCUCAAACAAGCGUGGCUAAUGCGAGGCUGAACGAGCUUGCUUUAGCGUGCAUUCAUAAACCAACAGAAAUUGACAGCAGUUCUAUUUUAAAAAGAUGGGAUGGCUCUGGCCACAGACGGAUUGCCUUAGCUUUCAGUAAAGAAUAAACGACGGGCAAGAAAUGUUCGCUUUUCCAACUGUUAAGGGAGAAGUGAACUACUCUUAAUCGUGAAAGUUAGUGACUUCUUAGUCCUACAAGUUUAAGAGAUGGCCAUAUGACAUGGCUGUCUCAAAGGUGAAGAACAUAAGCAAGAGUGUAUCGAAACAAAUAAUUGAUAAGUGAGCGUGAUUCUGUAUAUCAUCUAAGAAAUAACUUCAAAAAACGUGUUACCUAAGCAUUUGAAAUUUGCAGCUCUUUUGGCUUAGCUACUCAUCAAAGUUUUGAGGUUACCUUUUUGCCGAGAUAUAUGGGGUCCCAUUAAAAUUUUUCCACGUUGCUCUUUUUAGGUAGAGUAAGCUGUCAUUGCUGCACUUCAGAGCAGUCCUUUGACGUUUUGAUACCAACAGGCCACUUGCACUAAGAGGUCACGUGACCAAUGCUUUCUUUAAAUAAUGAGUUGGAAUCUUGCUGAUGCCAAAAAUUGACAGAGCUCAUGAAAAUAAUCUUAUCCCCGAAAUUUGAGAGGAAACUCAUUUAAGGGAGAUAUUUUAUGGCACUUUGAAUUUUCAACAAAGUAGUAUGAUUUGUAUUGGCCACCAUGUUGGAGGGCAUACUCUUGCCCUCCAACAUGGCGGCCAAAACUACUUUUUGCUUAUAUCUUAUUAAACGUGUAGUAGUUACGCUCAGAUGUGCUGUAAACGCUACCACAUCAUCUUUUCAACAUUUUCCUUGAAGUGCAAAAUUUGUGUUCUGAAAGAGGUAAUUCAUAAUUUUAAAAAUCACAUUUUGGUCACGUGACCAGUACGAACUUACUCAUUUUAAGAAAAUGGUGCGGGUUUGAAAAACCAAAUCACUAUUAUUUUGUUUAAGAUAUGACCCCCUAAUCGUUUUUCGAAGACAAAAUCAUGUAACUUUCAUUUUCAUAAAAACGAUGUCACAUGACCUCUUAGUGCAAAUGGCCUAUUAAACCUCCAUUUACAACUUUGAAGCCCCAUUUACACUACAAAAAAAAAUGGGUCCGGACCCAUAAAGAAGUUGGUACGGACCAGAUAUUUUUGCCGUGUAAACCUUCCGUGCCAUGUUUUCAUGAAAUAGAUACGGACUCGCUUUUUUCUGGUUUUGGGGUCAUAAGUGGCUAUGGCCCCAAAACCGCAAAAAAAAAACAAGUCCGGAUCCCUUCUGCUGUUCGAAAGCGCUCUGUAAACGCAUCUUCGUUCCGUACCAUCGUCUUCAUGUGAGCCUGCCGUGCGUUAAGGUGGUUUCGCGCGUGUGUACUAUGCACUUUUCAAGCAUGAGCCUAACCUGAUUGUUACCCGUGUAAACGGUUAAAAAAAAAUUGGUCCGGACCACCUUUUAAUGGGUCCAGACCAGGUUUUUUCUGUAGUGCAAAUCGAACUUGAGAUUCUUAACAGAUUCUUAGCUUGAUCUUUCUCACUACAGACAUGUUGGAAUUUUGGAGAUCAGAGAGGACACCAAUUUCAGAAUAAAAAAGAUUAGAUUGGAGACUGUGCGCCCUUUCUAUAUGGACGAUGUAGUUUUAAGCAACACUGAAAUUGACCCCACCCAGGAAGAGAUGGUGAUGGCUUACUUAGUCAACAAAGUAAGUAAGCACUCGACGACUGUUUUCUGUACAAUAUCUGUUCGGAGAAGCAAAUAUUGCCUAUUUUCUAUUACUUGAGGGCGACUAAAAAUUUCUAGAGGAACGUUCCAUUCAUGUACAAUUUUCGAGGCGUAUCUAAUAAAUUCCCUACGAUUUUCUGUAGUUUAAUUUUUCAUAUUGUACUACCCAGUUUACACCAUUUUUUCUUAGAAAAAGGAAACCUAAAAUUUUCGGAUUCUAAAAUGUAAUGGAGAGAGGAAUCAGGAAAAUUCUCACUUUCGUAAAACGUUAAAUUCCACCUAAAAUUUUCGGGAAAUUAAUAGUGAAGCCCUUGUAAUUUCGAAAAGACUUAAGUUCCCCUAGGAUGACCGAACAGAUAAAAAUUUUGUAGCGCCGCUUCGAAUGCAUUUCCAGAGAUCUAAAAGUAAUUUUUGGAUAGCCUAAAUGGUGUUUUCAACGUACUUUGGAGGAAACCGUCGCUAGGUGCCCCUGGUAAACAUUCGAUACUCUUGUCUGCAAAAAUUAUAUGUGUGACAUUUUGACCACAAUGCUGUCAAAUUUUUUAACAUUUAUAUGGGUGGUAAUUAUUCGGGGCGAGAUAUCUCCACCAGCUCCUAUGAUUAUGACCUCUGUCUACUCCCAUAGUAAUAAAAAGUAGCAUAAUACUGUAAAAUUCCGAAAAUAAGCCCCGGGGCUUAUAUUUUUCAAAAGCCCUUUUUGAGGGGCUUAUUUUUGGAGAGGCUUAUAUUCGGAGGGGCUUAUCUACGGAGGAAAAUUUGCGUUUCAGAAUCGAUUAGGCUAGCCUUAUAUUUGAAAGUAAAUUUAUCGUUUUUGCUUUGCUGUACUUUGUAUUUGAGGGUAAUCUUCCAAGUACAAGCCCUCGGGGGGCUUAUAUUUGGAGGGACGAUUUAACGGACGGUUUUUUGCGUUACCGGUUUGCGGAGCUUAUACAUGGAGGGGCUUAUUUUCGGAAUUUUAUGGUAUAUAGAUUUAGCCAGAGCUAAAAAGCGUAGCUCCAGUUAAUAAUUAAUGUAGGUCUGUGUGUUUCACAGUCUUGUUUCUGCUUAAUGACAGGUAGAACAGUUGAUUGAAAAGGCUGAGAGAGAACACAGUGGCAAUCCACGACAACCUGACAAACCUCUGAUAACGAUACGGGUAUGAUAGCUGUAAUCUCUGAUCCAGACUUAACCCUUUAAGUCCCAAUAGUGACCAAGAUCAAUUUUCUCCUAAAAUAUCCCUACAUUGUCAACAGAUAAGUUAUGAGAAUUAUUAAAAUGAUCACCCAAGUAAAAAUGCCUUGAUCUUCUAUCAAAUUGUCUCAACUCAUUCUGAAAGGAAAUGUAUGGAGAUCAGUUUGGAGAAUUUGUAUGUGGAUACUGGGCCUUAAAGGGUUAACAGUGACAACAACAACAUCAACACUUGACUCUCACUUAGGGCAAAAUGAUGGCUUAGGGGAGGGGCAGGUGGUUAGUUUCCCAGCAACGUAUAAUGAUCCAAUCAUUUAUGCAUUUGGUUCGCGUACAUGAAAAGUUCGGCGUCUGAAACAACGCUGUUCCAAAGUCCAUCCAAAGUGGAAAUUCCCAGCCGGCUAGGCAGAAAGAACGACAGAGCUGUUUUAAAUUGAAACUGGCAUUCCUGUGUGAUGUAUUUUGUAAGUAAAAUGAAUAUUUUUCUCUUUUUGAAUUAAGUUCGGCUGGAAUUAAGGUUGGCGUCUGAAUCAAUUCAGCCGCUCUAAAUAAUUUGGGUCGGCCUUAAUUCGAAUUAGGUUCGGCUCAUGAAACGUGUAGCGUCUGAACCGGGCCUAACAGAUUACAUGCGUUUCUUAGAGUUAUGCAAAAUGUCGAAAGUAUCUCAUUUCCUGGUCAUUUCCCCUUCUGUGAACAGGUUGAGUAUAGUGGUGGUUUUUCGUCCUUCAAUAUUAGAAGAUUUGGACAACAGUUUGUUGACAGAGUGGCCAAUCCAAAGGAUAUUUUACAUUUCUAUCAGAGAAAAAAACCACCUACCAAAACAGGUAAUUUAACCACAGUUCCAGGGGGGUGUGGGGGGGUACUUCCUUAUAAGAGGCUAAUGGGGAAGUGCCGCUGGAUGGGGUCGCAUUUUCACAACUGGAUUGACUAUCAUGGGGUCACAUUUUCAACAGAGUUACUAGAAUGGGGUCGCACAUUUUAGGAUUUUUUGGGGUAAGACAGUUCUUCAUAUUCACGGUUAGCAAACGUACCAGAAUGUUUGCACUGUAGAUGAAAAGUAAAGUGUUCUUCAUUCAGUUUAAAAAAUGGGUCAAUUCAUAAAAAUAGAAAGUGACUAAGUUGGGAUCGCGACAAUUACAUAUUUGCCCAAAAGUGACUAAGAUAGGGUCUAUAAUUGGUCACAGAAUAGACUAUAAUGGGGUAGGGGCCCAGCGGCACAUACCCAGCAAAAAUGUAGCCAAGUACCCCCGCCCCGGCCCAUAGUGACAUCUACAUGGGCGUAGAUACAAUGAUCAGAAGUUGAGGUGGAGUGGUGGUAGAUUCCGGGGGGACUCCCUAUGAUGGGCUAUACGGGGAGGCUCCUCUCAAAAGGGGUAUCUAUUUCAGGCUUCAGGUGUAUGAAAGGGUAGGAAAAUCUUUCAUUUGGGUCUGUGAAAGCGCCCAAAAGGGCUAACAAAAACAGAUGAAUUUUAUGGCUUUAUAAACUUGAGAAAACGUUCUUUUUUGUGUGAUUGAUUCCUAUUUGAAAGACAGUACAAAGGGAUGCAACGUUCUAACCAAGAUAUGUGAUAGGGGUACCGGGGGUACUUGUGAGGCAUGGUUUCUGGCGUUUAGUUGGUUCGUCUUUGUUAUGGUCAAUAUGAAUGGCGGCGAGCAUGUUUAAUUUAUAGCCUGCGAGGAGAAACGGAUGUUUUCGCAGGCUAGAUUAAUUAUCAGUGCUAGUAGUAUCUGACAGAUGACUUUAAAGAAAUAACAAUGCAACAAAAUUGACCAGUCAGGUUAAUAACCAGAGUUUAAUACCAUCAACUGAGGUGAGACAACUCAUUUUGACUCUGAAGAUGAGCACCGCACAGAUCGAAGCGUACUGCUACUUAUCAGAGUGUUAGUUUUUUAUCAUAGUCACUAAUGGUUGCAAUGUUCAAUAGUUUUUACUAAGCAUGCAACAAAACAACAAAAACUAGUUUCCUUGUGCAAGAAACUUUAAGUAAAUGUUUCAACUUUUCUUCAUUAAUGGGUAUACUAAAUGUUACUAAUUGUAAGCACAAUGCUGCGAGCAGAUGCCGGGCAGUAAAACAUCAUCUGAGAAACGAUGAACUGACGUAGACUUGAUUAAGGUAGAGGGUCUCUGUGUCUGUAUUUCUGUUGUAGACAAGAAGGGCAAAGAAGACAGCAGAUUUGCUCAGUUCCGCCCAGAGGCACUGGACAGUAUCAGAAUGGAAGACUUGAUCAAAGAAUACUUAACUUCGAAAGAUAAUGUACGUCGUCACUUAUAAUUGGUCUACUCAUCUUUAGUAAUUCUAACAUUUUGACUUCUUUGCACAGCUGUACGGCUGUACUUGUUGGUAAUAAACAGGAUCUCUCGUAGGGUCCAAAGUGGAGUAUUGUCGGCCUGAAUUUGGAUUAAGUUUGUCACAUGAGAUUUUGGGCGUCUCAACUAGGCCUACCGUAUUUAAUCGAAUAACAGGGACUUUAAGAUAGGUCACCGCGGUCGCCUGCGACGGUUGGAUAGAUGUUACGUCACGCAAAAUACGCGUGACAUUUUACUGUCGUCCUUCUGGGACGGUAUGUUUUCGCAGGGUUUCUCGUCGUGAAGGCAACGGUGAAAUCGGUAAGAGUUCAUACACACUUUUCUUCUAAAACUGAGUACCCAAUAGGUUAAAUAUGCGUUGUGUUGUGUUUAUACUGAUUUACCUAUCGGUGAACUGAAAAAAAAAAGCGAAAACGUCUGAGUUCAUUCAAGACAUAACUCCGCUCCGUUGCUUGGCGACUUCUUGUUUUUACCUAGUGUCGUCCGCCAUCGCAGAGGAAAAUUGCCAAAAAGAAAGGUAUAACAGUGGUGAUUUUAGCCGUCUUUUUUAACGUAAAACUUUUAUAAAACUUUUAACGUAUUCCUAUCAAGAAAAGAUUUCUUUAAGGUGAUUCCCUGGUUUUGCACUGCGCAUCUCUUACUGCGCAUAACAAGAUGGCCGCCGUAAAAAAGAGCAUGUGAAGUAACAUUAUUAAAAUGAAGUUGACUGAAGAGAAACGCUAUUGGAAUUUUUGCUUGCUGUUGUUUCUUGCCGAGAUGAGACUCAAUGUGUUGGGAAUGUGCAUAACGUAAGCAGUACGCGAGUUGCUGAGUUCGACUUCCUCUCGGAGAACCUCGAUAGUAGAUGUUUAACUUGUGCUUAUUCACUUUGAUUUUCAUUUAAACGCUUUCUUUAUCACAUUGUGUCCUAAAUGUGAUAUCUCGAUGUAAAUUCUGUAAAAACGGAUUUUUUAAUACUUUCUUCCCCCUUUCACAUACAUUCCAUUUUGACACUCGCCCCAGUCCUCUCUCAAAUAUCGGAGAAAAUGCAUUUGGUGCGCACUUUCUGCAGCUCUACCACAAAAACGAGUACGGUGACCCCCAUUUUUUAUUUCAUGAUUUUAAUAAGGACAGUGCUUGCUUUCGAUGAGAAAAAAAUGGGCACAAAUGUAUGUUCAGUUUUUCGGCAAUUUUACUAAAUUGUACGGAUUGAGCUAUCACGGGUCGAGUAGCGUGUGUCCAAUUUAAUUCUACUUUGUAGCGUAAAGUAAAAACAAGGGCAUUAAAAGGUAUUUUUCUGGUGUUUAAGUGGAUAAACAAUACAUUAAAGUCUAAUUCUGUGUGAUACAACAUGCAUCAUCGAAAAAACUCUCCUUUUUGUCUAGUUUUGGGCUCACCGCGGUUUUUGUAAAAGGGUUCUAAAUAGCCGUAUUUGUCAGCAUUGUGACGUCAAAACGAGCACGGUGACCCCCACUUUUUAUUACUUUUUUAUCAUCUUCUUGACUUGUUACAUCAGUGUACCAAGUUUCAUCUACAAUCUAUGUUACGUUCUUUUACUAGGGAAUCACCUUAACACAAAAAGUGUUGGCUAAAGAGAGAAAAGUUCACGGGGAGAUAAAAACACCGACUAGCUUUGAAAACUAGCAAGCUUUAAUUUGUACUCUUAUUCGUAUACGCAUCCAACCGUCCCAGGCGACCGUAGUGACCUUUUAAGUCCCUUAUCGCCGCCCCCGAUAACUGCGGCCCUCGAAUAAGCGCCGCGGCUUAUAAUCAAAAUCUAAAGGCGUUAAUUUUUUUAAGUUUAAUACGGUUGAUAAUAAUACUGUAGUUGAAAUAACUCUUUGUCGUGUCCAACGUCCAAUGAAACUUCGCCUUCCAAUAAGCGACAUCUUCGAAUAAGGGCUUAUUCAAGGGAAUGAGGUAAGCCUCUCUGACGAUGCCCAAAGGCUGAAAUGAAUAAUAAAAAUUGUUGAUCGUUAUUUCAGGCAUUAGAGCUGCGCAUUUUAACAGAGGGAAAAAUGGCACAGGCACUUCGUGAGUUUGUUGAAAAAGACGAAAGAGAUGCCAUAUCGACUGUUGUAAAGUGGCAGCUUGAUCAAGCACAGAAACACUUGAAGAAGAGGCAAAAUGUACGGGAAGAGAACAUUGAGACUGAAGUGUGUAAACAUACAGAAGAGAUUAGGAGGAAAGAAGACGACAAUGAUGAGGAGGAUGCAGAAAGCAUAAGAAAGGUAUCCAAUGAAACCUAUUCUGCCUUUUUUGAGUACUGCCAGUAAACGGGUCAUGACAAGAUCUGAAGUGCCACGUCAAGGAGGCCAUCGCUAUCAAACGAAGAAAACCUUUUCUAAAUAGGGACCAGGGACUGGACCUUCCGGCCAUUUAUAGUUCUUUUUUGGGAUUACGUUUACAACGACCUUUCUGUUAAGUAACCGAAUGUCAUCUUAAAUCGCGUGAUGAAGUUUGGGCGAUUAGAGCGAAUUAUUCGAUUUGUUUUAAACUGUUUUGCACGACAGAGUUUUGCAUUUGUUGUUAUAAAAAAGGUAAAAAAUGAUUGAAAAACGAUGUUCACUCUGGCUAGGUCUUUGAUGACUUGCUUGGAUUGUAUGUACAUGAUGUGGAAACCGUUAUUGUUUAAAGUUAAAAGUUCACGAGUAGAUAGAGGCUUUCCAUCAAGUUUUGCGGAAGACUAUUUAUAGGAAACAUGAUUAAUUGAUUUUCUUAGCGACAAGUAUUAAGUGGAGGUAAAAUUCCGGGAUCUAAACGUCUAUCCAUAUUUUAAAAGUAGUUUUCCAGCUCAGAAUCCAUAUCCUAAAUUGUUUUUAUAAUCAGGUCCUGGAAGAAUCCCGAAGUAGCCAAUCAAGAAAUGAAAAUAAUAAUGCUGAUGAUAUGAGUGGGAGCAGUGACGACGACAGAUCAGCUGCUGUACCAAGUACAAGCAAAGGUAUCAAGACAACUGUGUGCUUUGAUGUAGUGAAUAGACCUCCAACGGUAACACCCAAGAAAUACACCUUGCAUUUGUGAUUUUAAAGUUUUAAUGUCUUUGAUCCUCACUGACUCGCGAUUACAGCUUGAAACUUUACUUUUCCUCUGUUCACAAGAACGCGUCCUUUUUCAACUACAGUCGAUUCCCGAUAACUCGAACCUUCAAGGAAAAUCAAAAAAGUUAGCAGGAGUUCGAGUUAUCGGAAGUACGAAGCAAAUAACCAGAAAGGAGGAAAUGGGAUGGGGAAUGAAUGCAAGUAACAUGAACACUUCAAAGCUUGAUAAAUACACAGUGCUGGACAUUGUAUUUAAACUGCACUGACAAAAAAGUAAAGACAAAGAAUACAUGGUUGUUAAAAUAAUUUCAAUGUUUCGGACUUUAGUUCACUUUUUUCCACUUGUCAGUCGCUUAAAGCAUGGUUCGAGUUGGCGUGGGUAAAUUUACAUAUAGGAAUGAUCUGAAGGGAAACAAGAAUUACUUCGAGUUAGCGGGAGGUUUGAGUUACCGAGGGUAAAAUUACAGUAAAUGUAUGAAGGAAAUCCAUGGGAAAUCGAUUUUGGUUCGAGUUAGCAAGAGUUCGAGUUAUCGGGAGUCGACUGUAGUUUUAUGUAGCAAGUCUUAUACAGUAGAUUAAUCAUGGCUCAGAGUAAGAAAUUUUUUUAACUGACCCUAGGAGGUAAAAGAACUUUUUUUAGAUUGAAGAAAGAAUUUUUACUUGAGACUUGGUUGAGUGGGGUGGGUUGCUUGCCCACGAAAGGUUUGAUUGUAUGUAACCCUCCAUCACGUAUCAAUGUGCAUUAAUUUAGCAAGAGAACGUAGCGUUAACAAAUUUAUUUGUAGGGAUUUAAUGGUGUAUAAGUCAGAUUUCCUGAUUAUAUUUAGAACAGUGCUGGUCCAAGCCAUGAGAAACAGCUUUUCAUGCAGUGUAGCCAUCAGCAGCAAGUGCCUUGCAAAAUUAAUAACUUACUCAUACAACCACCACCAAUGAAAAUAUGAUAUCUUCCCAUGUGAAAAGAUUACCGUUGCUAUGGCUACAUAAUAAAUCGCGUCUUUCGCAGAAAAAAUGACGUUGAAGUUAAAAGGUUUGGUAUUUCAUUGGUGCUUAUAUAACUUAUUAAAUAAGUAGAACAUUACAUGGCUGUUUGGAGUUAAAAAUUUCUCCUCUCGUCUUCUACAAUAGUUCAAUCCUUGGCUGCGCUCACGCGCAAAAAUAUUUUUCAACAUUCGAGGCGAAGUUUCGUAUCUCCGAGCGGCGGUGUAAUAUCCUCUAUUCACGUCAUGGUGCCUUAGCUUAAUGCAGACAUUCCCCUCUAUGUCAACAGGAAAAAAGGGCCGUGGUGAUGUUGGCAACACAUCCUCAAGCGGUACCGCUGAAGGGCGUGGUCGAGGUAGGGGCAGGGGAAGAGGUCGUGGGCGAGGAAGAGGAAGAGGAGCAUCGCAAGCAGGAGCAAACACUUCACGGACUAUUAUGGACUGUAAGUGAAUGUGUAAAAGAUGUAAAUUGUAAUUUGUUCACUCACGAAAGACGUAGGAGUCGUUAGGGGGGUGCUUUCCAUUCAACCCGAAAUUCCGGAAAUUUUGGUUGGUACAUCAAAUGGAACGGACCAUUUCGGUUUGUUCCGACCGGAAUAUUCGGGACCAGCUUUCAAGAUGGUCCACUUUGAUCGGUCUGGUCAUUUCGGUCGGUCGGAUCGAAAUGUCCCUUUCCAUUUGACCAAAUUGUUGUUCCCAGUACCGCCAUUUUGUAUCCUGCUUACAAGAACAAUAACCAAACGCGCGGUGGCUUGGGUCGGGUCUGUGCAACCGGAAUGUACCGCUCCAUUGGGCACGUGAAAUUUCCAAAAUUUCAAACCUCAAUUUUUGUGGAAUGGAAAGCGCCCAGGAACUCGCUAAACCGUGCAUUCCAGAUUGAAUUGUAAUUUGAAAAUGUUGAUUUUGAGGAGAGAGGAAAACAGGAGUACCCAGAGAAAAACCUCUCAGAGCAAGGACAAGAACUGACCACAAACUCAACCCGUAUGUGGCGUCGGCUUUGAGAUUUCAACCCAGGCCAGAUUGGUGGGAGACGAGUGCUCUCACCACUGCUUCACCAACACAAUCCAGUGACGGAUCCAGACAAUUAGAUAAGGGGUGGGGGGGCGGUCAUCCAGACCCUUAGAUAAGGGGGGGACGGUCUCGCUCCUCGCUGGGCGAGUAGCAAGGAGAAACGGCUGUUUUCGCAGGCUACUUAGGCUUCUGUUGCGAUUCCAAUGAAAAUUUUUUCAUAAAUAGUAAGCGCCAUCGUCUCCCAGUGACUAAUGGUGAUGUACGUUCAACUCUAACUCUAAUUUUGACCACUCCCAGGGCUGCAAAUAAUUGUCAGUCAUUGGACAAUGCCUGACAAAACUUGCCCAAAGUCUGACUUUCCUUACUGCGGUUGGAAAUGAUGCCAAUUCAAAACAAGCAGAAAGGACUACAACUUUAAAGAUGAAUGAAAUCUACCAUUUGAGCCCUAUGGCAGUGAUAAAAUCACUCGUCUUCCUUGCACAAUUUUUAAAGACGCAUAAUGUGUCCUUGAUUGACUCCGAUUGACCCUUGUUUUGUCUGACCCAAAUAAUAACUUGGCUGGACAUUUGUCCUUUUAAGAGAGAAAAAGUAAUUGCAGCUAACGACGUCAUUCGCACCCUAAACUGCACCUGCAGAUUAAGCUUAUUAUGUUUACUUGCCUUUACUUGAAUGUACUAAUCAGUAUUCCCCCCUCCCUCUGUUAUAGCCUUUGUCUCAUCAUCAAAAAGACGAAGACAACCGAGUGAUGUGGUGGAGGUAAAGCAGACAUUCUUAACUACAGUAAUUACCUGUUAUUCACUCUCCUGAAGGGUUUUUUUUUUUAGGAACUGAGCAGUUUUCGUUUGACCUUGAAGAAUGAUUUCCUUAAGGAUUCGUUAUUAUCUGUUUUAUCAGCUGAUAGUUCCACGAAGAUCAAAAUUUGGACUUGUCAUCUUGUCAGCAAAGAAACCCUAAGGUGCAAAAAGCAUCGCUCGAUUGUCCAAAUGUCGGCAGCCAAGCUUGUCUUGACCCUGAGAAAAGAGCUGAUAAUUCGCAGCGCCACUACUGGUUUUCAAGCGAAAUGACGUUUGAGAAACGAGCGCAGAACUUUUCCAUACUGACGACGCGUCAGUAUCCAGAUCAAGGUAGUUCCUCUAAUAGGACAUUUUCAUGAUGACGACAUUUAACUGCAACUACCAGAAUUAUUUCGUUUUUGCGUUCUUAUUGAAAUAUGUCAAUCCCUUUGAGGUUUAAACAACAAUAGCCCUAAUUUGCAUAAGAAAGCAACAAACUGAAGGAUUCUGGUAGUUGUAGCAAAAUGAUGUAAUCGUGCAAUUGUUCUAUUGGUCGUGCCGCGUGGGAAAUUUGCUUCAACCAAUCAGAAGCACUACCCAGAUCCUGGUAAGGAUGCGUCAUCAGUGUGGAAUUUCUGCGCUCGUUUAUCCAUCGAGUCAAGCUACGACGCUGUCCGGCCUACAUCUAGCUUAUUAUUUUAUGAACAUUAACUAACAUUUUUUCAUUAAUUCUGCAAAUGGCCUUUCUCAACUGGACGGUUUCAAAUGAACAUAAUAUUCUCACUGGGGCCAUCUCGUACAAACGCCCCAAAUCCCUUCGGGAUUCAAGGAUAACAAUUCCCGCGCGCUCGUAGUCUCCUGGGUGUUCUGUUUCACACAGGUUUUGUAUAAAUAGGCCUGUUUUGGCCUGUUUAAUUGUCUUUUCGUUAAACGUUCGCCAGUCGUUAGCUUGGCGUCCCUCCCUCCUCCCCGCAGCGAUGACCAUUGUUGUCAUCCUAGCUAGCUCCCGCUCCUUUUUCGCCUCCGGGCUCGCUUCUUCCCAUAUCUUAUCCUUGCCUGGGGCGUUUGGGAGUGAGGGCUCCCAGUGAGAAUAUAUUACUAUUCAAUUCAUCUUUAAUAAUCUAGGAAGUAAUUUCUGAUGAAGAUGACAAUGAUGAAUUUAAUGUCCCUCUGUCAUCCUCUGUCAAGAAGACAAAGACAUCCCAGUAAGUACUUCAGCCUGAUAGUAAACGAACAAUUUAAUUUAUAGCAAUAAACUAGAUGAUUGUGGUACAUGGAGGUUGUAUUAAACAGACUCCAUAAUAAGUGGACCUUCUGUAGGCUGUAGUGAGUAGAAGUGUCAAUGAGUCCCAAACUUUCCUUCUCAUUUUUUUCUGUAAAGUAGUUGCAUGGGUUUCAGCAGUAGUAAAUUCUUCUGGUUUUACUGCACAUGGUGAGAAUAGGCUGCAAUUAUACUAUUGAAAUACGGAAAAAUUCAAGGGAAGCUUCGAUCUCGGACAAAAUAGACGGAAAAUUUCGACCUUUCCCCCCCUUUCCCCAAAACCAAUAAGACAAAAUGGUGUAUUUUGGCAUCUGCGUGGCUUCUCUGCUGAGGGAAUGCUUAGGCGUUGUCAUUUUUUGCUGCCCAAUUUUUUUGCUUUUUUGUGAGAUUCUUGAUUUGACACUUACCCUGUACCUGAAAGCUAAACCCAGCGUUGAAACAGGUGCAGUCAGUUCAAUUUACAAAUCUGGCAUUAAUGCUUUUGUCUUUUACAGGCCCACUCAAUCUCAGAAGUCAUCGAGAGGAAGACAAAGGAAAACUGUUGUGAAUGUUGCUGUUGAUGAUGUAAGCUUAAGUUUCUUUUCGUUCUUUUAUACCAAGUUAUUAUGUUAUUUCUCGUUAGCAAGGAACCGUUGUAAGUAUAGUGUGUGAUACGCAAAGUCCCCUUUUUCAUUUAACAUGUAUUUUCGUUUGAAAGGGCCCACAUUGUAACGCUUUUCGGCGUUACGUCUACGAUCGAACAACCAAAAGGGCGUUUUAGUCAGGACGCGGGAUUCGCCGAAAUCUUGACGCGGAGGAAAGACGACUAUAUUCGCCACUAUAGAAACGAAAAGGAAACUGGGCCGAGUUAACUUUUGCAAAGACUUCUGGGACUGCUACAGGGAACAAAUUAGCCAAUAGCUGAAUGGCGCGUCCCCAGUAACAAUCCCAGAAGUCUUUGCGAAGCUAACUCGGCCCAGUUUCCUUCCUAUUUCGUAAGUGGAAUUUCGGGAUGCGGGAUGCGGGAUGGUCGCGAAAAGGAGCAGGGAUGCUGAAUCAGGGACCCCCCUUCCAAACCCUGUGAUACGAAAACAGUCUAUGAACCAGGUGGUAUAAGAUCCAAAUAAAUAUUGUCUUGUCUUGGCUAUGAACUUAGGCGCCCAAGAAAACUAAAGGAGCCAAUCUAAGUAAUUUUCUCCACGUAAUUUCCACAUUUCUUUUCUUACCUGCAGGAAGAAAGUGAGGAUUCAGACGACCCCUUCUCCAUGCAACCAAGCAGUAAAAGAAGCAAACGAUAGCAACAGAUGAAUCUCGCUAUUGCCAAUAGUGGUUACGUGACUGUGCAUCUUUUGACCCUGUACUACUACGUCUUUGAAUAGGUUCCACAGCGCUAAACCUUUACACUCUUUCAAGGGCUAAAAGUCAAAGUGCAAUGGAAAUUUCAAGGUGGAUUUAAAAAAUCUGGAAAAAUGAAAUGAUAAAGCCACUUAUUUUCGAGCACAUUACGAUUCGACAAGGGUGACGUCGAUGAAAGCAUCAGUGCAAAACGGAAAUAGAAUGUGAAUUUCUAGUAUAGUGGCAAUGGUGUUACUUGUGUUUAUCUCCACUUUACAGGGGAUCGAAGACAGUUUAGAAUUCCUGAACAAAACAAAGUUAUCACCCUAUUUGCGCUAAAUAAACAUUAGCAGUACUGUUGGUAGGAAAACAUCGGCCAGUACGGUUUCGCUACUUGUCAAGUUCGCUACGUUCGAGUUUGCUACCUACAUAUAUCGUCUCGCUGCCUAUUGGCAAAGUCCAAAACUUGCACCCUGGGAGGGACAAGCUUAAAAGAGCGAGAAAUAAUAUAUUAAAAGAUUUUUUCUAGAGCGAUUAAGGGAAUAGUUUCAGUGGUUUACAGAAAGUAAUAUGUAGCGAAUUUGUUGCCUACUAAGACGUAGCGAAUUGGACACGUAGCGAAACCGGUUGUUACCGUGUGGCCUGGCAAGUUGCAGUUUACAGAUAAUUGCACAUAUGUCCUAAUGCAGGGGCGGAUCUAGGGGGAGGGUGCAGGGGGUGCGCACCCCCCCUCCCUGAGAUGACCUGCGGUUUUCUAAUACAACUGGUAUUCU